GUUAUAGAUAUAAACAUGGAUUUGACUGGGUCUCGCUUUACGUUAGUGAUAACUAUUGAAAUAUUGACUUUAUUUGUGUAUCUCUUCUGCAUCCUAAUCAACAUAUUGAGCGGAUCAAAGUUUUCUCAGAGAGACACGAUUUUUACGGUUGUGGUGUUUGGUACUUGUUGCACUAUUCUUGGAAUAACCAUACUCUUUGCCUACAGAUCACAGAACGGGUCUUUACAGGCUACAAACAGAAAGUUGUAUCACAAAUUACCACCUGGCCAAAGACUGCAUGCGUCCGACUGUGCAGUUUGUUUAUCACCAAAAGAACCAACAUCUUCGUCCCUAGUGCAACUCAGCUGUAAACAUGAUUAUCAUGAGAAGUGCAUCGAGGAAUGUUUUAAGAAAACAGGAGAUAGUCGCUGUCCUAAAUGUAGAAGUAUCCUCCAGGAUGUUUCCUCCCUGAGGUCAAACAGAUCUAGAUACCUAGCUGUUCUCCCACUACUCUUGGAAAUUCGUGACAAAAGGGAUAUGUCUUGGAAAGAAUCAUUUGUAUAGCAUAGAGACUAGCUGUUUUUAAAUAAAAUAAUCACACCAUUAGAGAAACGACGAGAUAGCUGGCUACAGCUUGAAUAUAGCCAAGUGCCAAGCCUAGAUUUGAGUGGUUGUAAUGUAUACUUGGCUUUGGUUGUGUUGUCUUCACAAACUCUGUAGACUAUAUGUACAUGUAUCUUGGACGAAGUGUGGCAGCUUUAUUUUGUCAUGUUAUACAGAUGCUCGUAACAACGUGGGACAGAGUGUUACAAUGUAUUAACUUUCAUAUAUUAUUUGCAUAGUUGCAGUAAUGCGCUUUAUUUAUUUAUUAUUUUGUUUUUAAUUUAAUUUUUUUUUUUGCCCCAAAAGAGGCGUGACUUUUGGUUGUGUUUAUGUUAUCAGCUGGAAAAAAAACUUUUUUUCUUUUUUAAAAAUAUUCCUAGUUUUUGCUAUAAGUGAAUGAAGACAGACCUUUUGUUCUUUAAUUUUGUAUAUCGCUAGGCAAUUAAUCUGAAGUAAAUAACAGUUUUCCAUAUUUUGACAGAAUUUUUCCCAUAUUUCGAUGAGAGAAAUAUCCCUGAUGAAUCAGAUUCAAACUAACAUCAAUUUAAAAAAAAAGGCCAGUACUUAAAUUUUUGAAUUGACAGUGAAGUUAUAUAAUUGCAGUGAACAAGCAAUUCCAUGGAUAUGAAGUAAGCUUAGCACACUUGACAUUCAAUGAAUCAAUUGUUGCUGCAUUAAAUACUUACAAGAUUGUAAGAUAAGCGAAUAAGGAAAGGGUUUCUUCAUCUCUAAACAAGAUAGCUGACAAUCAGGAUGUGGAAUUCAGCAACAUUUGAUUUAGUAGCCGUAACCUUUACUAUAGUCUUACUUUCAUCCUUGUGUGUGUGUGUGAGGGUGUGUGUGUGUGUGUCAAUUUUCUUCUGAAUAAAAAUAAAUAUUAACUGAAAACCAAUUUAUUGCAAUAGUGAUCUUUGAUCCAUGACUCUGAAAAUGAAUAUCAAUCUAAUUCAUCCGUUUAAACAUAAAAUGUUUGGAAUUUAUCUUCUCAGUAUUUAUACAAUUUCAUUCCGCCCUAUGAGCAAGUACUUGUACCUUUUCAACGUAGAAGAUUUUGAAUGUUUACAAUGUCAGUUCAGAAAACUCUAAAUUAAUGGCUAGAAAGUUUGGGUUUUUUUUUUCCUCAGUCAUAAUACAGGCAUCCCUUAAAUACCCAUUUGUAACUCACGCCAAAAUCAAAAAAUAAAAAAAAAAACGAUACUGCAUGUACGAUACCACGUCUAUUGAGAAUGUAAUUCGACGCAGAAAGUUCAUAAAGGAAAAAAAACAUAAUUUUCACAUACUGCUACCCUAAAACAUUUGGAACCGUACGUAGUUCACUUGGCUUUGCCAAGUCAAUUAACUAAUUGUGUGCGAAUAGUGGAAAUUGAUACAUACAAUAUGCCUCCACUAUUUAAAGUUUCAGAUUCAUUUCUACAUUGCUAUGAGCCAUAUAUUACAGGACAUAUCAUAAUUUUGAAAUUGAAGAACUUGAUUUGUGAAACGUACAAAAUUGUUUACGAAGCAUGUAUUUUUGCAAUUUUUACUAUGUGA